CUGAGAGAAACGCAACGAGCGUGAAAGGAAAGACUGGAAACCGCGGUGCUACUGUUUGUAUUGCUACCAAACGCUUCUCUUUGUGGUUCAGAAUGACUGACAUGAACUUUAUUAGCAACUUUGAUAAGAUCCUGAUAGAACUUGUUUUUCAGCUAGAGCAGGAGUCACAAGAUAAGGACAUUUUUAAAGAACAGAUUCAAACCAUUGCAUUUAAGGUUUUGGAUGAGAAACAGCGUAUACAUGAGAUACAAAAAGAUAUUGAUAACAGUCAGAAAAGCAUUUUGAAUUUGCAAAACUGUAGUCAAACUAAUAAAGAAAACUGCCUAGCCUGGAAGCCAACUUAUUUAAUUUUGAACAAGCAAGAAUAUUUUUUACAAAAUCAACUCCACAUUACCAUUAAAGGAUUUGAAAAUGAUAAAAAUAUAUACCAGAAAUCUCUGCAUCAGUACAAAGAAACACUAAGACAACAUCAAGAACAGUACAUGGAAUCCAACCUGGUAAAAGAUUAUUGUGUGAAAAAACAAGAACUUGAUGAUAUCCAGAACAGAGUAUUAAAAUAUAUUGAACAACUGAAGAGGGAGGAAGAAAAUAUUUUAUACAUUUUAGAGCCUGCUGAUUUUCUGUCUUAUAUUCAAUGGACUCUUCGACUUGUAUUAUUGAGGAAAAAUACGAACGAAAACCUUACAAACAUCACCCUGCUUUCAAGCAAGAUUUCUGAUAUGACUGCUAAAACUAAGGAUCUUGAAUUAAAACUAAAACAUAUAAGCCAGCGCGCUGAAAAUUUCACUGAAGAUAUUAAAGAUGCUAGAAGCAUUCAGCAUAUUGAGGAAAGAAUCCUUGAAGAAAAAGAUUUAGACAGAUCAAAGGGAAAAACAUUUUCACAGCUAUUCCAUAUUCCAUGCAUACCCCAGAAGUUACAUUUAAAGUUAAACAAAACAGAUAGAGAAGAAAACCCAUCUGAAACUAACCAAAGAACAAGUGCCAGCAUUUUAUCUUGUCAAUAUCUGAGCAAGGAAAUGAAAGGUAACCAGUUUUGCAGCAAUGAAAACUGUUUGAAUUCACCACCAACACCAAAUUUACAUAGUCAGAUUCAGUUACGGCUAGUUCUUUCUCAAAAGAAAAGAUCCAGCAAGCUGAAAAGUACAGAAAUAGAACACACAGAGGUUGGGACAAAAGAAAUCACAAACAUACCAGAGGAUUCUGGCCAUGUUUCUGAGGAUAAUUACAUAAAUGAAAGCUAUGAAGCAAUGGAGGAUUAUACUGACGAACAAGAAGCAAGUUCAGAAGCAAACUUUGCAGUUCCUUUGAUUCCUCCUUCUUUUUCAUUAUCAGAGAUUCCUUCUACUGCAGCAAGCACAUUUUCAAGAAAAACUGAACCUGUCAACAAGACAAUAUUCCAUGAUUCCAAAACAUCUACAACCAAACUAUGCCAAGACACAGAAAAACACCCAUCUUUUGAUUUGUUCAUGACAUCUACGCCCAAGGCUGCACAAUUAACAAUAUUUGACUCAUCUCCAUUUGGUUUAGAAACUGUUUCAGACCAGGAUGAAAGUUUUUCUCUGGUGAAUACAAAUACAGCAUCACCUCUGAAAAGUAUUGGCAGCAUAUUUGGGAGAAUGGAAGGAGAUGAUAUGUUUACAUUUCCAUUUUCAUCAAAGCAUUCCCAAAGCCCUGAAGAAGAAAGGGAGGAGUUUGGUUUUACAUUUCCGUUUGGACAAGACCAGAGAUCAUCACAAGAUAACAAAGAGUUUGAACCACCUCCAAGUACAAUGAAGUUUACAUUCUUUUAGCAAUGCAUUACAAUAAUAUAUAUUAUUAUUAUUUAUUUUCAUGCAAAGUUUGAUAUACUGUCCAUUUAGUUAAAUAAAAAAUAAGGUUUUAAGUUUGCAAAUAAUUGAUAACUGUAAUUUAUGCCAAUAAAAGCCCUAUUAUCCAUACAAGUAGUCAAGUAUGAGAAUUGCAGGCUGUGAAACCACACAAACAUGUUUCAGGCAUCAAGGGCCCUUUGUGAAAUUCAGAGAAACGUGUGGAUUCACAGUAAACACAUAAAAAGCAGUUAUUUUGCCUCAGCCUGUGAUUCUCAUUCUUAACUACUUGUACUGAUACACUUUAUUGGAUGCUAGUGAUAGAGCACCUGUGGGAGUUGUAGCUUUAAGAGCAUCAGCUGUUGUGUGUUACCCACACGGAGCGUAUUCUCGGCAAGCGAAUACACUCCUAUGCUUAAAAUACCUACCUGUGUCUGCACCCGAUAGCAUUGAAUACGCUUGGGUGCACACACAUGUAGCCGAUAUCCGCAAAAAAACGCAAGACUUUACAUUUUCUGCGGAUAUCGGUUACAUGUACCUCCACCCGAGCAUAUUCAAUGCAAGCACAGGUAGGGGGAUUUUUAAGUGUAGGAGUGUAUUCUUGGCAAUUGGUUUUCGGCUUGGUGAAAAAACUCUACAUACGCUACAUGUGGCAUUAGCCUAAGAUUUGAAAUUCAUAAUUAGUUGCUCCAGUCAUUGUUUAGUUUUAAAAGAGCAGUGUCACACUGAAGAGGACCCGCCAAAGUUGUAUAAGUAAAUGCAUUUACUGCUGAAAGAAGUCUGUGUUCAUAUUCUCUACACUAAAUUUACAAUUUUACAGUAAAUUUACAAUUUUUGACUAAAGUGCAGUGUGCAAAAAAGCCUGUCCAUUUUUUGCAGUUCUUGUGUUGUAGAUGCAACUUUUUGUACUAACCAAAGUGAGCGCAUAUAGUUUCAGACUUAUUAGUGUAUUGGACUUAUGAGUUUACAGCUACUAGUUUUAGCCAUUUUCUAUUGAUAAAACAUUCUACAAAUAUGUCUGCAUUAUUUGUAUGAUAUAUAAAAUAUAUUAUUUAACAAUAAGUGGCAGAUGUACUUACCUUCGACCAUCAUUGGUUAGGCAACUGAUUAAUAAAAAAAAACAUGUGAGUUCCUAAUCACAUAGCCUUUCAGCAAUCAGUUGCUUUGGUUUGGGAACCAGGAAAGCUGAUUUACAUUGCAUUAGUUGACCAUUAUUUACCAUCCUGCACUAUUCUAUAUGAGUGUAAACAGGCAAUGGCACAGCAGUACAAGCUUCCACUUUGGAAAAUAGAUAUUAACAAUCAGUUGUCCUCCCAGAGUUACUAUUUAUAAAACAGAGUUUAUGUUUUAAUUCACCCUUAGAAGUGUUAAAAGGAUAGGUUAAAUACUGAAGUGUUUUGGACACUUUUAUGUCAAAUUUUCAAUGAUACAUAAUAAUAAAUGUCAUUUAAAAUGCUA